AUGAUCAUGAGCUCGUAUUUGAUGGAGUCUAACUACAUUGAUCCGAAAUUUCCUCCAUGCGAGGAAUACUCGCAAAAUAACUACAUUCCCGAGCACAGUCCCGAAUAUUACGGCCGCGCCAGGGAGCCGGGCUACCAGCAGCCGCAGCCGCAGCAUCACCACCCGGACUUGUACCCAGCUCCCCCGCGGGCCAGCUACCACGCAGAUCGCCAGUACAACUGUGCAAGCAUCCCCGAGCCUGACACGCCGAGAGGGCACGCGGGAAUAGCCCACUCGGCGCACCUGCUCACGGGCAAGGGCCAGCCUGCUUCAUGCGAGACCCCCCAGCUGUCCAUGUCCCCCGCCACCCCGCCGGCCGCCGCCUCCGCCUGCAACCAAGCCCUCCCGGAGCAUCCCAACAGCGCCGCCUCGUCCAAGCAGCCCGUGGUCUACCCGUGGAUGAAGAAGAUUCACGUCAGCACUGUGAACUCGGGCUACAAUGGGACGGAGCCCAAGCGGUCUCGGACAGCAUACACCCGCCAGCAAGUCUUGGAACUGGAGAAGGAGUUCCACUAUAACCGCUAUUUGACUCGGAGGAGGCGCAUCGAGAUCGCCCACACGCUGGUCCUGUCCGAGCGCCAGAUCAAAAUCUGGUUUCAGAACCGCAGGAUGAAAUGGAAAAAGGACCACCGGCUGCCCAACACUAAAGUGCGCUCGUCGUCGUCUUCGUCCGGCUCCAGCGCCGGUUCCGCGGCCGGCGCUGUUGCCCCUUCCUCGGCCACGAAUACAGGGGCCUCCGAUGAACUGAGCGGGACGCAACAGCACGGCGACGAUAUUACCAGGUUAUAA